AUGGUUCAUUGGUUUUCUUUCAGUCGGUCGGGUAUCUACAUUUGUAACCUGGUAGACUGGUACAGCAGCGGCUACUGUAUGUGCUUGGGGGCGGCGCUAGAACUGCUGGCUGUCGGCUGGUACUAUGGUGCUGACCGGUUCAGCGAAGACAUGAGGCUUAUGUUUGGAUACGGCGCACCGGUCCUGCUGCGGGUCUGCCGGUGUAUCGUGGCGCCGCUCGUUCUCCUAGUCGUCUUCCUCAUGAUCGCCGUCGGCUACAAGGAAGUUACGUACGAGCACUAUCGUUACCCGGCGUAUGCCGUCGCCAUAGGGAACCUGCUGGCCGUGGUUCCUGUCAUGCCUAUUCCAAUCUGCUUCGUGUACGGAUGGGUGACGGUGAAAGGGUCAUUGUCGCAGAGAUUUGCUCAGCUAAUGAAGCCAUUGGACUGGCGUCCCAGUGACCAGAAAUUAUGGAAGUCGUACAAGCAGCGAGAGGUCCUGCCGUCCGAAGGUCUGUUAGACUACGCGCGCACAUGUCUGGUUGGGCGGCGGCGGACGAAAUGCCAGCUGACGGCCGUUUAG